AAUUAGCCAUUCUUGAGUACCGUAUAUAAUGAUGUGUAAGGCGGUUGCAAGGGUUUCCCAUCUGCAUGAACUAGUCAAAUUGCAUCAAUGGAGCUCCUCCAAUUUGAUUCAAAACUGUUGACGUCCCUUGUGUUGCUAGGGUUUAUAGGAUCGUUGGCACGUCUCUACAAUGGGCAUGUGGCGAAGCCGAAGAGGCUUCGUUCCUUGCUAACCAAGCAAGGAAUCAAUGGACCUCCACAAACUCUUCUGCUGGGAAAUAUUUUGGAGAUAAAGGAGGCUCGAGGCUCCAGCAAUUCUACCAUUGAACCCCCGAUCUCUCACAAUUGUGCUGCUCUUCUCUUUCCAUUUUUUGAGAAGUGGAGGAAACUUUAUGGUGAAGUAUUUGUGUUUGCACUUGGAAACACACAAAUAUUAUACGUGAACCAACCUGAUGCAGUGAGGGAGAUUACAACAUGCACAUCCUUGGACUUGGGGAAACCAACGUAUCAAUUUAAAGAACGCGGUCCUUUGCUCGGUCAAGGUAUUUUAACCUCAAAUGGUGCCUCAUGGGUGCAUCAGCGCAAAAUCAUUGCUCCUGAACUAUACAUGGAGAAGGUUAAGGGAAUGAUUAACUUAAUCGCGGAAUCUACGGUUACACUGAUAAAUUCAUGGAACAGUAGAAUUGAGGCAGAGGGAGGAAUUUCUGACAUAAAAAUAGACAGCUACAUGGGAAGCUUCUCUGGCGAUGCUAUCUCAAGAGCUUGUUUUGGAAGCAACUAUUCCAAAGGGGAGGAGAUAUUUCAGAAACUAAAGAAACUCCAGGAGGCUAUGGGCAGGAAAGCUUUUCUGGCCGGAAUUCCCGGAAUGAGACACCUUCCCACAAAGAGCAAUACGGAAGUUUGGACCUUAGAAAAGGAGGCUAGCUCUUUGAUACAGCAGGUAGUGAAGGAAAGGCAGGCAGCAGAAUAUGAGAAGGACAUAUUGCAAAUUAUUCUUGAGGGUGCUAAAAACAGUAACCUUAGCCAGGAGGCAACAGACCGCUUCAUCGUUGAUAACUGCAAGAACAUAUACUUGGCCGGGUAUGAAACCACAGCAGUUGCAGCCACAUGGUGCCUCAUGCUGUUGGCUUCGAACCAAGAAUGGCAAGAACGUGUCAGAGCCGAGGCUCAUCAAGUUUUCCAGGGCCGCGUUCCUGAUGCUGAAAUGGUUCGUAACAUGAAACAGCUAACAAUGGUGAUUCAUGAAUCGUUGCGUCUAUAUCCCCCAGUUAGUGUGGUGUCAAGGGAGGCAUUGAAGGACAUGAAGUUCGGGGACAUUCAUGUCCCAAAAGGUGUCAAUGUUUGGACCAUGGUGGUGACACUGCACACUGAUCCGGAAGUAUGGGGACCAGAUUCGUACGCGUUUAAACCCGAUAGGUUUGCGAAUGGGAUCACAGGCGCUUGCAAGCUUCCGCACUUGUACAUGCCAUUCGGAGUUGGUCCUCGAAUCUGUCUAGGACAGUACUUUGCCAUGGUUGAGCUCAAGGUACUGAUAGCUCUCAUAGUAUCCAACUUCUCCUUCUCACUUUCUCCCAAGUACCGUCAUGCACCUACUCUUAGAUUAGUUGUGGAACCAGAACAUGGUGUUGAUCUCUUGGUGAAGAAGUUACGACAAGAAGCAGCUAAAUAAUCAUUGUGCUGAAAAAUAAGAGAGGCUGGUUAGGCCCCCUGCUCUCUAGAGUUUAGUCUGUUCACUUGGUGUUGCUGGUUCCAAUAAGGCUUGUUUAUUUGUACUGCGCUUGUAACUAUAUACUAAAAUUUCUUAAUAACGAGUUCGUCUUUCUUCUA